GCCACUCCUGCCGAGGUUUUGCCCUCAGAGGAGGCCCAGUGUCCGCAAAGAGGCCGGGCCCAGACCCUCGUGCUGCCUGUGUGGCCUAGGACAGGACUGUGGCUUCAGAAACCCUUCCUGACCCCCGACCUAUACCUCAAGCUGACCCUGGACCCCCAGGCAGCCUUUCUGGGCAGCCUUCUACCCUCAGAGCCCUGGCCUGGCGGGGUAGAGGCAGGGGCUCUGGCUCGAGAAGUUUGGGCUCUCCUGCGCUCCGUAGCUGGGCACUUUCCUGACUGGGCCCCUGGGAGCUCUGCGGAUAUGGAUGUGUUCCAGAAGUUGGAGAAGAUCGGAGAGGGCACCUAUGGGGUGGUGUAUAAGGCUAAGAACAAGGAGACAGGGCAGCUUGUGGCCCUCAAGAAGAUUAGGCUGGAUUUGGAGACUGAGGGGGUCCCAAGCACUGCCAUCAGGGAGAUCUCCCUGCUCAAAGAGCUUAAGCACCCCAACAUCGUCAGGCUGCUGGAUGUGAUGCACAGCGAGAAGAAGCUUUACCUGGUAUUCGAGUUCCUCAACCAGGACCUGAAGAAGUACAUGGACUCCACUCCAGCCCCUGAGCUCCCCCCGCAUUUAGUCAAGAGCUACCUCUUCCAGCUGCUGCAGGGGGUGAAUUUCUGCCACUCCCAUCGGGUCAUCCACAGAGACCUGAAGCCCCAGAAUCUGCUUAUCAAUGAGCUGGGUGCUAUCAAGCUGGCUGACUUUGGACUGGCUCGAGCCUUUGGGGUGCCCCUACGUACCUAUACGCAUCAGGUGGUGACACUCUGGUAUCGUGCCCCUGAGAUCCUCUUGGGCAGCAAGUUCUAUUCGACAGCUGUGGAUGUCUGGAGCAUUGGUUGCAUCUUUGCAGAGAUGGUGACCUGUAGAGCCCUGUUUCCUGGUGAUUCCGAGAUUGACCAGCUUUUUCGUAUCUUUCGGACCCUGGGGACACCCAGUGAAGCUACAUGGCCAGGAGUCACCCAGCUGCCUGACUAUAAGGGCAGCUUCCCCAAGUGGACCAGGAAGGGGCUGGAGGAGAUUGUGCCCAACCUGGACCCGGAGGGCAAGGACCUGCUCAUGCAACUCCUUCAGUACGACCCCAGCCGGAGGAUCUCAGCCAAGACUGCGCUUGCCCAUCCGUAUUUCUUGUCCACCCAGACCUCCCCAGCCCCCAACCAGUAUGUGCUGGAGCGUUUCUGCCGCUGAGAGCAUGGGAGGCCCACCGCCUUAAAGCCUCUCUCCAGUUGCUUCCUCACCCAGAUUACGUAUCUGGGGAGAGAGCAAAGCUCUAAGGAGUUUGGCAUCAGCCAUCAAGAGGGCUGAGUUUGGGUUAGACAUGCCAGCAGGUCAGCGAGUUCUGUGUUGUCUGUUGGGUUUGACGGUGCCGCUUCAAGACGGGCCCGCAGAAGCUCUGUGCACCUGGGGCUCUGUUAGGGACUGGGUCCCCUGGCCCUGGAACAGCAGGUGCCAUGGAGAGCUGUGACUGCCAGCAAGGUAGAGCCCUGAGGGAAAGGAUGCCCCCUGCUGGUCGUUUUGGAUUUAAAUGUUUUGAGGAAGAGUUGCAUUCCAGUUGAGUCCCAAGUUAAACAGGAAGAAGGUGAGGGGGAGAGAGGACAUUUUCCUGAUCCCAGGGGAGGUCAGGGUGAGUGUGGCCGUUUCUUGUAGUUGUCUAUCACCUAGGAUAUGCUUAAGUUCGUUUGCCUCUGGCUUUAAGAACAAAAAAUAAAAGUGAUGCAUUCCUGA